GGAGAACUUAUAAAACUAGCUGCCAAACGUCAGCAAGAACUAAAGGAUCCUCAAUUGAGAGACGACUUAGCAGCAGCUCGUGCGAUGCUUAAAAAACAUUCAACAAUGCUUUUGACUGCAUCAAAAGUAUAUGUUCGCCAUCCCGAACUAGACUUAGCGAAAGUGAAUCGCGACUUUAUUCUGAAGCAAGUUUGCGAUGCUGUAAAUACUAUCAGCGAUGUUGCUCAAGGAAAGUCAUCUCAACCGACAGAUAUUUACAGCGGAGCAGGAGAGCUCGCUGCAGCUUUGGACGAUUUUGACGAAGGAAUUGUUAUGGAUCCUAUGACCUACAGCGAGAAGCGUUCACGCCAAUUGCUCGAAGAACGCAUGCAGACUGUACAAGAGACGAGCGACGAGAAAGAAUUGUGGCAGAAUGCAAUGCUGUUCGGCAAGCAUUACAAGAUCUGCUUUCUGAAUAUAUGUCAAACAUGAAUCAAAAAGAUAACAGCCCU